CCUCACUCUGUUGCGCGCAGCGGAGCUUCAGUCAGAUGGAGAGACUCCGGAAGGUAAGGAAAGACCCAGCCGGCUUUUGUCAACAUGAACACCGUUCCUGCUGAGGAUACGUUCACAUGUAUUUCACUGGACGCUUCAUUCACACACCUGUCAUGGUCGUCUCAAUCGCCGCCUUGAUUGGUGGUCAUCAUGGCUCAGAGGCGCGUGGAUCCAACUCCAGUGGGCUGCAGAGUGCAGAGCAGAGGUCCUGACAGGAGGCCCUGCUGAAGACUGAGGGAGCAUAUAAGAAAUGAAGACAAAUGAUGACCUGCAAAUUAAAAACUAUGAUGAAUGGACACAUCAGGAUACACAACCUCUUGUAGGUGAAGCUUUGAAAGGAUAAUUUCCUGGCUCCUUUUUCUACAUGCCUACUCUGCUUCUAUGUCAGUAUGACACUAUCGGACUGCAAAUAUGGGAGCAACACCCAAACGGACCACAGUCACAGGCUCCACAGCUUGCCCAUGGCUGAGAACUAUGAGAAAAGGCCUAUCAGGACAUUUUUUGACUUUAGGCACACAAACAUGUCUGAAAAUCUGGUUGUGAAAUGGGGUCCCCUGUUGUCACUUACUCAACUGCGGAGUGUCUCAAAAGUCAAAGUGGUUAGCUUCCUGAUGGGGUUGACACUGACGUUCCUCGUCAUGGCUUCUUACAUCCUGACGUGGGACAAGAAAGGAUCUUUGUUCACCCCCUCACCCGAUCACUUCAGACCUGUGGUUGUGCUGACCAGCACAGCAGCAGAUGAAGUUUCCUCUGAAAAGAAAUUAAUAGACAUGAAAUCGCUGGUGAAGAACAUCAGCUCCAAACUGGAAUACACACCCAGGAAGGUUCCCGACAAAAAGGACAUUAUUGAAACAGAUUCUCGUUUGUUCUCUGUAAUUCCUCGCCAUUUCCUUCCCGGCAUCAAGAGCCCUUGCUGGUACGAGGAGUUCUCCAGUGAACUCAGCACUGAUCCAUACAAGAGGAACCUCUUCACUCUGCGCUCAAAGAGCUUCAAGACUGUGUGUGACCACCUGAAGACCAACUUCCACCAGCACUUACACCACAGAGACAGCAAACUGUUUCGUCUACGCUGCUUGCCGUUUUUUUACAUCAUCGGCCAACCGAAGUGUGGCACAACUGACUUGUUCCACAGGCUGCUGCUGCAUCCAGAGGUCAAAUUCAACACGAUGAAGGAGCCGCACUGGUGGACCAGGAAACGCUUUGGUUAUAUCCGUUUCAAAGAUGGCUUCCAGGAAAGUUUUCCUGUUGAAGACUACCUGGAUCUGUUUGACUUGGCAGCCCACAACAUCCAAAAAGAAAUCAGUGGAAAUUCAUCUGGAGACCACCGCACACUCCAGCUCAUAACAGGUGAAGCCAGUGCCUCCACGAUGUGGGACAACCAAGCCUGGAGCUAUCUCCAUGGAGACAGGGAAGAGACAGAGCCGCCGUUCCUGGCCCAGGACUUCAUCCACACAGUCCAGCCCGGUGCCAAAAUCAUCAUCAUGCUUAGAGAUCCAGUAGAGAGACUUUAUUCUGACUACCUGUACUUUAAGAUGGCCAACAAGUCAGCAGAAGACUUCCAUCAGAAGGUCAUAGAGUCUGUGCAGUUGUUUCAGUCCUGCCUGUCUGAGAGGUCACUUCGCUCCUGCGUCUACAACACCAGCCUCUCCAAUGCCAUGCCGGUGAGGCUAAAUUUGGGGAUGUACAUCAUCUUCUUGCUGGACUGGCUGACAGUUUUCCACAGGGAGCAGAUUCUAGUUCUUCGACUAGAGGACUACGCAGCUAACCUUAAUGUGACAAUCAAGAAAGUUUUUGAUUUUCUCAGUGUAGGUCCUCUGUCAGAGCAGGUAGAGGUAGCACUGACCAAACGGCCCAUGUCUAACACUCGGCGGGCAGCAGACAGGAACCUGGGUCCUAUGCUUCCAGCCACCAGAGACUUCCUCAGGGAGUUUCACCAGCCUCUCAACCAUAAACUGGCCAGUGUGUUGGACAACAAGGCAUUCCUCUGGAGUAACACUUGAAGGGGCACAAGCAUGGACAGAACAUGGACGGAUGUGAAUGAACAACCAGAGAAAGAAGCUAAAGCAGGAACGUCUAUUGAUAGAAAAGAAUUUACAGUGUGAGGACUCGUACACAGGUGUAUAGUUGUAAAUUGAAUUAUAUGAUGCUCUGAAUAAGUGUAUGGGUUUUGUUUGUGAUAUUUAUUUGCUUUUAAAAGAAUGUGAGUUAUAAUAGUAAUAAUAAACUGAAAAUUUAUGUUUUAAUUUGAGGCUUUUACAGUGAAAUUUAAAAUAAUUUUUACUGCUGUUGGAUAAAAGCUCAAAGCCCAAACAAUGCACUGUUACAGUCACCAUAAAUCACUUAAUCUACACUUCUGGAUAAAGUUGUCACUUCAUCUAUGGCUCAAAAUGAUGAGUUGAAUAUCCCGAGGCCCUUGUGAAUUGGCUGUCACAUGGAGGUCUGUGAAAGUUCUCAGUCAUCCAGGUCAUCUUUCCUCGAGAAGGGUAAAAUCUGGGGCAACUGGACUUGUAGAUCUGUGUAGACGUUUCACCUCUCAUCUCAAGAGGCUUCUUCAGUUCUGACUGACUGUAUAUAGCCUUGGUGGGAUCAUUAACCAGGCACCAUUGUUUCCACUUGGGUUGUGAGUGCUCUUUAUUGUUGUAAUAACUAUCUGUCUGAGAUGUAAGGUCCUACCAGUCAGUCAGAACUAAAGAAGCCUCUUGAAAGUUUAGAAAAAGGUUAAAUCUAAAAGAUGUAUUAAAUCUGUAGAUCCUUGAAGAUGGUUAACCAUCAGCAGUGUAAACAAUUGUUAAUUAAAAUGCUACUUGUCCCUAA